UGGGUUCUUAGCUUUUGGUUAGUUUUUGCCGCUUCUACCAACCCUGUUCAUAUAUAUAAGAGUUCAAUGCUGCGGAGGACGACUAUUCCUGUGCUUCCCCGCCUACCCAUUCCCUUCUUCUCCUUAACAAGUGGCAGGUCUGUUCCGACCAAAAUGAGCUCAACCCAAUCACCAAUCAAACUCCCAAGAUUUGUUUCUGUUCAAGAGAGUGGCAUCUCUUCUCUAAGCAAACCUGAUGGUAUCAGGUUUAGUCUUGUGUCGUAUAACAUUUUGGCUCAGGCGUAUGUGAAGAGCUCCUUGUUUCCCCACUCUCCAUCUUCUUGUCUCAAGUGGAAAGCCCGCUCACAGGCAAUUUUGAGUGUUCUUAAGAACCUUGGAGUUGACUUUCUCUGCCUACAGGAAGUUGAUGAGUACGAGAGCUUUUACAAAGGAAAUAUGGAGAGCAGUGGUUAUUCCAGUACCUACAUUCAGAGAAGUGGGCAAAAGCGUGACGGAUGUGGAAUUUUUUAUAAGCAUAACAUGGCAGAGUUGGUGUUAGAGGAUAUUAUAGAUUACAAUGAUCUUGUAAACUCAACUCAAGAGGGAAACGUUCUGGAUGAUGAUAAACAAUAUGACAAGGACGCUAUUGCAAGCAAAGAUCCUGGAUCCAAAAAUGGUUCAAAAUCAAAAAGCACUCAGGAUCGUGGAGAUCCUAAUGAUCCCCGUGUCAGACUAAAACGUGAUUGUGUAGGACUUAUAGCAGCAUUCAAGCUUAAAAAUCCUUCACAAAAUGUUGUUAUUGUGGCAAACACACACAUUUACUGGGAUCCAGAGUGGGCAGACGUUAAGCUUGCACAAGCUAAAUAUCUACUGUCACGCUUAGCUCGAUUUAAAAAGUUGGUAUCAGAUAAGUUUGAGUGCACCCCAUCAUUAAUUGUAGCUGGUGACUUCAAUUCAACCCCAGGCGAUAAGGUUUACCAGUAUCUUAUUUCCGGCAACUCUUCAUCUGCACCAACGCUUGAUGUUGUUGAAGAUCUGCCUAUUCCUUUGUGCAGUGUCUACGGUUCUACAAGGGGUGAACCACCUUUUACGAAUUACACCCCUGGCUUCACAGGCACACUGGAUUAUAUAUUCUUUUCCCCUAGUGACAACAUACAACCAGUCAGUUUCCUUGAGCUUCCAGAACCAGAAUCCUCUGAUAUUGUUGGAGGAUUACCAAACUUUAAUCACCCAAGCGACCAUUUACCAAUUGGUGCUGAGUUUGUGAUAUCCCGGGAAUAUAUUCCUUGAUAAGGCAAAGCAAAUUUUUCUUCCUAAAGUUCAUUUAGUUUGUUUGUUUAGGCUUUUCUAUGAAACCUCACUGUUCCACAUCUGAAUGAUAUGGAAGGAGAAACCAAUCAGUUUGAAUAUUUCUUGCUUAGGAUUUCUUGUCAGGGCUUAGAUCUUACGUUCCAUACUUUUGACUUGCAUUACUUUUAACAUUCAAUUGUUAUUGCCUAGAUGUGGAACAGAUUGUAACAUUUUAUAGGUUGAAUUUAAAGAGAAUUUUUGGUUGUU